UUACAACGUAUGUACAAAAUGUUUAUUUUUUCCGUUUUACAAUCAGUUUGACAGUAUUUGCCAGACACACGUAAAAAUAAUAAAAUUACAUACAAAAAUAAUCCAUUUUCCAGAUAUAAAUUGUUUGUAGCGAUAAUGGAAAACAUUUCAGUAUGUGUGCUAUUAUUGAACGAAUUAUAAAAACUAUUUAACGAGUGAUGACGUUGAAUUGGGACUAUGUAACCUUAAAAGUGUUAAAAGAAACAAACUUUGCUUUCUCAUUGUUUGAUAAUCAUCGUUAUCUGGGCAGAACAGUGCGUUGAUAUGUCACAUUUUGGAGAUUUUAUGGACGGUGUGCCCGUUAAAAUAUCAGAGAAGUAUAAGAGGCCGCUGAGAUUUGAUUUACCUUAUACAGUAAAUGAAUGUCCAAUUAGAGCUCAAGCUGUCGUGGACAGCGCUAAUUACUCGUGUGCGUUUGAAAGAAACGUCCUUGCCAAACUUAAGGAGCUUAGAAAUGCGAAAGAAACGAAGAAGAAUGAAAGGCGGCAUCGCCUGCAGCUGCUGCAGGAGGCGGAGCAGAAGAGGCUCGAUGCGAUAGCUGCCGCCGAGGACGAGGAGCGGCUCAAACAGCUGAGUGUGUCCGAGGUGUCGUACCCCAGCACUGACGAAAUAAGCCCGUUGUCUCCUGAUGAGAAAGCUGAUAAAAACUGUGAUAACAUUGCUAAAGUAGAUAAGCCUUUAGAGCAUACAGAUGUGUCCACUAGUAUUGACUACCCUACCACUAGUGCUGCUGUGGAGUCUCAACUGAAUAUACUGCAGCCCAUACAGGUGAAGACACAUCUGCAGGAGAACAGCCUACUGGAUGAUCCUGACCCCCUACAGAAUUUAAAGUUAAAUACAAAGAUUACUAAGAUACCCCAUAACCCUAACAUAGACACACUAACAUUUAGAGAUUUUGAGAAUGAUACAUCCAGUCCCUUUGACAAUGUGGAGCUGAAGACUAUAAAUGACAUGGAGCUGCUGGCACAGGUGCUGCAGAGUCAGAAAGAAUCCACAACAAGCUGUCAGCCUCAGCCAAGUUAUGCUCCAGAACAUGGCUAUACCAUUCCCAACUGUGCCUCCCAACCACAUGUGGAGGGGGUCACAUAUUUACCAGCACAAUAUUUAGAUCAACCUAUUCAAAAUUCAAAUAUGAUGUAUGGAUCUCCACAACAUUAUCCAAUGUCCAAUGGGUACUAUAUACCUACAGAUAAUGAAGCUGCUAAUAUGUAUAUGCAUAACUAUCAGUACUACGUCCCUCCUAAUCCAUACACUCCUGUAGAACCAUAUUAUGGAAGUCAGAUGGCCACUACAUCCACAGAUAUUGGUCAUGUGCCAAAUGGUUCAUACAUUCCACAGCCUUACUACUACCACCAAUACCCUCAAGUUCCUGUGGCAUAUGCACCAGGGAAUGCUCCAGAGGCUUACCCAGUUGUGAUGCCAAAUGAGAGCUCAGAUCAAACUACAGCAGCUACUGGUCCACAGACUGCAGUGAAAUCUAGGUCCAGGAGUGUGCCGGACAUUGUUAGGGAAUUGAAUGAAGAGUUGGCUAAACUAAGGAUGAGUGAGAGAUCUUACAAUGCCAGUCCCGCUCCUAAAAACCAAUCUCCACAAACAUCUACUCCUGCUCCCGCUACAAGUAGUAAUAGUAAGGAGGAGAAGAGGAGUAGGAAAAGAACAGAGAAUCUGCCAAAUCCAUUUGAGAAGUUGUCACCAAAGUUGCAGGACAUGUGUAGGAAGAUUCAUGGAAUGGGUUUUCCUCUUGACAGGGUAGCUAGGGUGUGUACCCUAGUAGGUGAUAAUGACAAGAAGGUGAUCGAAGGUCUAUUAAUACUCGGUGAUCUAAUGGACCUCGGCUUCCCAGAGGGCAGGGUGUCCGCAGCGUUAGCUAAGCACGAAUUUAACAGGGACAAAGCUUUGGACGAGCUGGUACCGUAACAGAGUAAGAAAACCCCGAAUAUUUGUAAGAGGACUCUAGAGAAAUGAUUUCUCCAGAAGGAAAUCAAGGAUACUCCUGUAGGUCAGGUUGUGACGGACAGAAAAUGGCGGUUUGACAAAAUGGAACUGAUAGCAAUACGAAUAGACUUACCGGCUUUGAAGCCGUAUCUAUCAGGCUUUGAAACAGCACAGUAUACAAAGUGUCCGGAAUGGUGUAGGGAUAGUCUCCAGAAGUGAUAGUGUCGGGAUUAUGAUGCAUUUGAAUAUUUCGUAGUUUGAAAUAUAGAGUCUAUAGGUACUGAUAUAAAUAGUCGAUGUCUACUAGCAGAUGAAAAGUUGCCGUUACUAUAAUUAUUAUUUCCGCUAAUUGCUAUGAUUAUAAAUGAUAUGUUUUAAUUCUUCAAAGCGCGGUUUUUAUCUUAUCUUACUUCGUUUAACAAUUUAAGCACUGAUGCACAUAAAUGUAAAACAACAUCACAUUGUUUUUUUAUAAAGUAAGAGAUGAAUCAACUCCUGAUUCAUAAACUUCAUAGAAGUAAAUGUUUGUCGCUAUAUUUUUCCUUUUACGUAUAAAUUACGAGUGUGUGAGAGAGUAUAGUAUUUAUUCACUAAUUUGAGUAAACGAACUUAAUUCGAAAAUACUGAAUACAUAACGUUUUUUUAAUAAAAUUAUUUUAUUGUAUUGUUGAAGCUAGGUUCAAAAGCCUGUUCAUCUUAUCCGCAACAGAAAGUACUUAUAGUUUCUGCACAUCCAUUCCACAAAUACAUCACAAUUCAAUGUAACAAAUAGCAAUAAUACAGUUUUCUAAUACUUCAUCAGAUGGGCUUAGCUCUUCUAAGUCAUCUAGAUUGGAUAUGGUUAAUAUUGUUAAUGUUAAAAAUUUUACUUAUUCUGUUUGCUCAGCGACCCGACAUGGAUCUUGGCCUACGAUACGAGAUUUAACCAUUUUUCGCUGUUCUUGUCUCCACCCCAUCUUUCCAGCAGUACUUUGGUCGACAUGUCUAUCGUCCUCCGGUAGGUUGACCAAGAUAUGCUUUAUAAUUCGAUUCUCACCCGUUCCGUUGAUGUGGCUUAGCCCAAGUUAAUUGAUUUAAAACACAAUUCUAAAUGAAUUGUGUCCACUAAAGUCCCAGAACCGAACUAAGGUAUUAAAAGGCAUGGACUUAUAACGAUCACCUCUUUUUUAUUUAAUCUGUACCUUAGCCAGCGCCAUCUAUGAAAGAUUCACGCAAUUAACGCCACAACAUUUUAGUUCACUGUGACCUUAGCGUUUAUAAUUUCCACAAAUAAAAAUAUUUUCUAUAAAUAACAGAAUAUUUAAAUUAUAAUAACGGUUGAUUUGUGAUUGCCAAAUAAGUUUAGUAUUUUUAAUAGAUCAUGCGAUUCUAUAAAUAUUUGUAGUAAUUUGUGACUUUUGCAUAAUAUCGAAAUUCUUGCGAGAAUAAUGUUUGCAAUUUUAUUCAAUUAUGUCAUUAAUGUUUUGUGUCUAGGUUGUUACAAAUUGCAGGCAAUUAUGUUUUUAAGUUUUUUAGAGAAAUUUCUUUAGAGAUUGAGACACACUGUCUAAUCCAACAGAACGUAAUUUUGAUUAUACGUAGUUAUUACAGAUAUGAGCAAUAUUGAGCACCCCUAACGUCUCUCUUCAAUUAUUUCGACUUUAUUCCAUACAUAGUAAAGUUGAAAAUCUAUUGAAAGAAAAGAAAAUGUCCAUAUUACUUUUAUUUCAUGGAGUUUUCACUUCUUUUACCCCCUUUAAGUUACUUUUAAGUCGCUGGUGUUACGGAUUCCAAUUGGCGGCGGUGAUUGCUAUCAUCAGACGAUCCUCUAAUUUUCCCACUAUACCAAAGAAAUGAGUAGUAUUAUUUUAUUUGUAUAUUCUGUGGGUUGAGAUAAUUGAAGUUGCCACAUGUGCCAACGUCUUUACAAUUUGACAGUCACCAUAAGGUAAUACUUUAUUAGGGGAGGAGUUUCUAAUAGGAGCCAUUAUUUCUAGAUUAAAAUGUCAUCUAUUUUUUUUUUCAACAUGUACUUCCUCUAUUUGAAUUGAAUGAACAACUUAAUAAGUAAAAAAGUGGGUUGGAUUUACCAAUUUAAUUUGAAUGGUUCAAUAGCCAUAUUUACUUUAGAAAACCCUUCAUUAAUCAAAGUAAACCUUUCAUUCUACCGCAUCACCAACACACACCUAAUUUUGAUACAUAAAAUUAUGGGUGCUCCACCAGAGAUGUAAUAGCUAAGCUGCUGACACGUGGAAGAUGCGCAUCUCGAGUAUGUGAUGUAUCGAUAUUUGGGACACUAUUCAUAGCACGCAUCUUUCCAUAUAAAACAUCUUAGUUGAAACCAUUUCCACGAGGGCUAAGCAAUGUGUACCAAUGAAUAUGAUUGAUUACAGUAACAUAGGUAUCAGCAUAGCACAUCUUUGGUGGAAAAUCACCCUAACAAUAUCUAUUCUAAAAGUUUCCGUAAAAGAUAAUAAAAAUAAAACAAAUAUGUAUUGUCUUUUUCCUGUUGUAUUAUUUUAUGGUGCUUUACGGAAGUAAAGACGGAUACACUUAAAAACGUUUAUUACGAUAGCCCUAAAACAUGUUAUCGGUCACACUAAUGGCUGAAUAUCGGAAGUCUAUUAAGAAUUCUAAGUAUUAGGAUGACAACAAGCCAUUAAGAUAGUUGGUCGCGAUCUGUCUAAUUGAUAACAUGUACGACAUCUGUUGAUGAUUAUCUCCAAAUUGUCUGUUUCCGAUGGCGAUCUCUGAUCUGUAGAUAAAGAUGUUAGAAAUACCUAUUUAGUUUUCUGGGAAAUCUUUUCGGAUAUAAUAUUACUAGACAAUACUAGAACAGGGAAAUUCAGUAUGUCAAGUUUCGCCAGUGCUGUAAAAACGACAUAUUUAUUAGUUACGGUACUAAAAAUGCUCGACUAAUUUCAAGCCAAACCGGAGCUCAUAAUUACGAACUAUCUGCAAGGCGAUCUUAUGAACAGUUUAUAAUUAAUGAAUAUAGUAUGUCUCAUGGUAGUAACUGUUUAAUCUCACGAAAAUUCUCGAGUUUCGUAAUUCUCAAUCCCGAUAUAGUUACCUAAGUUACCUACCCCCAAAACUAUGAACUGCGGAAACAACUAUUUCUAUGUAAUAAACAAGCCACAUCAGUGUUCUAUCUUAUCGAAACAUUAUUGUACCAUUAGAAAACUUAUGCAUUUAUAGUAUGUGAGAUAUAGUGUAUGAUAAAUAAAAUAAUUGUUGUGCCUAUCGACUUGUCAACACGGAUUGUUUUAUAUUCUUGCCUCUUGGAAAAGAUAUAGAUAUUAUCACUGUUAUCUUCCUAAUUUCAACCAUGUGUAUUUGUGACUUAAAAAUCCUUUUAAAUGUUCGUACGUAAAAAUUCUUAUAUUUUCAAAAUGUUUUAAUGUUGUAAAGAAUUAUAAUGCCGCCAUUUUUAGGCCCAAGUCUCAAAUGCACUGGAAGCACCAUGCGUUGUAUUUUUUACUAAUAAAUAUAAUGUUUAUAUUGUAAAUAUCAAACGUGCAAUUUUAUUAUAUGUUGUAUAUUUCUUCUUUCAUUGCAAUCAUUAUGUUUCUAAAGAUUUUCUUGCCAUACGAAUUUUACGUAUGCCAUGUUAAUUCGUAUGGCAAUAAAAGCUACAAUCGACUACCAAGAUAUGAAGUUGAUUUUUGAAUGAAUAACGUGUGCUCCUUUAGUUUAGAAUCAUAAAAGAUGCGAAAGUCCACAUCACCAUUUUCAUCACUUCAAAAAUGUGUAUGAGAUUAAUUGGCCCGCCUUUAUAAUGGUGUUGCCACACUACUGUUACAAAUGUUACCAUAUACUAAAAGUAGACAUUUAAUAUAUUUUUUUUCGUUUUCUAAUAUUUUUUAGCAGUAGUGUGGAAGUACCAUCACACCGAAUUGAGACUAUACUCUUGUUUAACAGUUUUACAGUCGGUCGAUGCUAUCGCUAAAGUUACGUAGUUUUAUUGUUCAGAUCUAAUUAAAUGACUUAAGUAGACUUUAUAAUUUAAUUUUUCACUUGGCACGCGUCGCUAUUAUAAGUAUUUCGUUCCAUUUUCAUACAAAAUCCUCACAGAACAGCUAUUUUUGCGAAACAGUUGAAAGUAUGUAUAAUAGAAUAGUGAGAAAAUGUGCAAAUAUUGUGAUUUUAUUAUUUUGUUAGUGUUUUGUAUGAAAAUGUAACUUCAAAGCUCACAAUAAAGCUUAUAAUAUAUUAUUUUUGUAUGUAGAUAUAAAAAUACUCUAGUGUAAUGAUUAAUUUGAGUGAAUAUACCUUUUGGGUGAUUCUAUCGGGGUAGGGUCGAGUGGGAGAGACCGAAACAACGAGGUGUCAAAAGUGCAGUGCCCAUACAUUUAGUACUCCAUGUUUAAUUUAUGUGGAGCAAUUUUCGUUGUAAAUAACAAAUAAAUUGAAGUAUUGUCCCUAAACUGCACUCUCAAUCUAACUAAACAAUAAAAUAAUUUACUUUCGGGCACUCAUCGAAUAAAUUAGCAAUAAUUUUCACUCCUGCUCGACUCCAUCUUAACAUCCCCAUCUUAACUAAGGAACAGUGUUCCAAACGAGGUUUUUAUUUAUUUGUAGUAUAAAGAAAGUUAUUAGUAGUAAAUUAUAAGUGAAGGCUUCGGUAGAGUGGACGGAGGUUUUAUACAUUACAGCUUCACAAACGAAAUGUAUAAAUAAAAAUUGUUAUUUUCA